CCACAUACAACCCUCUCACAGCAACAUUCCAUCUCUAGACAUUUCCCUUGGCUUUUUCAAGCACUUUCAUCAAAUUUUCCAAAUGAAGCCCUUCAUGCUAGCAAUCUUCUCUCUCCUCUUCAUCCCAAGUUUUGAAGCCACCCACCAAACUCCCUGGCCUUUCUCUCUCCAAUUCCUUCUCACCAUCUUCUCUCUCCUCGUUUUGCUCCUAAACUCAUGGCUAGUCCCAGGAGGCUUUGCAUGGAAAAAUCAUUAUUAUGACCUAAAAACCUCUCCAAAACUCAAUGGUCCUAUGGGGUGGCCCUUAUUAGGCACCAUACCUCAAAUGGGUACCCUAGCUCACCGUAAAUUGGCCACCAUGGCAGCCUCAUUCGGCGCAACUCGUCUCAUGGCAUUCAGCCUAGGCUCCAAUCCUGUGAUCAUCAGUAGUCACCCAGAAACAGCUAAGGAAAUCCUUUGUGGGUCUUCAUUUUCAAACAGACCCAUAAAGGAUUCGGCUCGUUCACUGAUGUUCGAGCGAGCCAUCGGUUUUGCCCCCUCUGGGGACUACUGGCGUCACCUCAGGCGAAUCGCUGCUACCUACAUGUUCUCUCCUAGGAGAAUCUCCGGUCUCGAGAGCCUCCGGGGACGGUUAGCCAAUGAAAUGGCGGUGGGGGUGUGGAGGGAGAUGGAGGAAAGAGGGGUUGUGGAAGUGAGAAGGGUAUUACAAAUGGGGUCUUUGAGUAAUAUGUCAGAGAGUGUGUUUGGGGGUAGUUUGGGUAAUUCACAAGGUGAGGAGUUAGGUUUGAUGGUAAAUGAAGGGUAUGAUUUAAUUGCUAAAUUUAAUUUGGCAGAUUAUUUUCCUCUAGGGUUUUUGGAUUUUUAUGGGGUGAAGAGAAGGUGUCACAAAUUAGCCCUAAGGGUGAAGGCUCUUGUAGGUCAGAUUAUUGAAGAAAGAAAAGGAGAGGACAGAGAGUUUAGUGGAAGAGAUGAUUUUCUUAGUGUUUUGCUAUCUUUGGAGGAUCAGCUCAGUGAUACAGACAUGGUGGCUGUCUUGUGGGAGAUGAUAUUUAGAGGAACAGAAUCAGUUGCUAUUCUUCUGGAAUGGAUCAUAGCCAGAAUGGUUUUACACCAAGACAUUCAAGCAAAGGCUCAACAAGAGAUCGACACGUGCGUGGGCAGCCACAGGCAAGUGCGAGAUUCCGACAUCCCAAACCUCCCAUACUUGCAAGCCAUAGUCAAGGAGGCCCUGAGACUGCACCCUCCAGCCCCAUUACUCUCAUGGGCCCGCCUCGCGGUCCACGACUGCCAUGUCGACAAAUUCUUUAUCCCAGCUGGCACGACCGCGAUGGUGAACAUGUGGGCCAUAACCCACGACCCGUCCAUUUGGAAAGACCCGUGGACCUUUAAGCCCGAACGGUUCAUUGAGUUGGACUUCUCGAUCAUGGGCUCAGAUCUGAGGCUUGCGCCUUUUGGGUCGGGCCGCAGAGUGUGUCCGGGUAGGGCACUGGGCUUAGCCACGGUCCACUUAUGGCUCGCACAUCUUCUGCACCGAUUCAAUUGGGUUCCAGCCCAAUCAGUGGAUCUUUUGGAAUGCCUUAGGCUCUCUCUUCAGAUGAAGAAGCCACUGGCUUGUCGCGCAAUGCGCCGGUAUUGCUCUUUGUAAGCAUCUGACUUUACCCAAAGUAAAGAAUUAGAAACUGUAAAAAAUAUAUAUAUAUUAUUAGCAAUGUUGCAGGUUGUAAUUCGGUGUGUUCUGUGCAAAAGAAAAUAAAAAGUUAUGUAUAAUUUUAUUUUUUAUUAAUUUUUCUCACAUCUAAAUAGAAGUGCGUCCCACUGCCUAGUAUUUUAGAAUGAGAAAAUGAUAUAAAAAAUUCAAUUAUGUAUAACAUUUAUUAAAAAACAAAAAAAAAAGUGAAGGAUUGGUGUGUUGUUUUAGAUGAAUGCUAAACCCUGAACUCUUCAGUGUAAGCUUGAGAGGAAGAGCAGCUUUAGCUCAUGAAAAUUUGCAAAUUGUUAGUUUCUAAUUUGCUUGAUUAAUUUGAGUUUCGCUUUGUUUA